AUGAACGGGUUUUCGGGCAUUCCAGAUACACAUCCAGCGUCAGCAGCACUGAAUCACGAUGUCAGCUGCUGCCACGAAAACAACAGGCAGCGCAUUGCCAUAAUUGGUUAUGCUUGUCGUCUACCAGGCGAUGUAUCGUCUCCUGCCGACCUGUGGGAGCUUUGUACCCGGAAACGCAGCGGAUGGUCACCCAUUCCAAACGAUCGCUUCGCGUCUGAGGCAUUCCACCACCCCAAUCCUUCGAAAGUGGGAGCGUUCAAUCCCUCAGGCGGUUACUUUCUGCAAGAUGACAUCUCUCGCUUCGAUGCGCCGUUCUUCAAUAUAACCGCCCAGGAGGCGAUCUCUAUGGACCCCCAACAACGAUUGCUACUCGAGUGUUCAUAUGAAGCCGUCGAAAGUGCGGGAAUACCAAAAGAGUCAUUAGCUGGGAGAAACGUUGGCGUUUUUGUCGGCGGCAACUUUGCGGAUUAUGAACUUCACAACGUGCGCGAUGUUGAGACGAUUCCCAUGUACCAGGCUACGGGGUGUGCUCCCUCUCUGCAGUCAAAUCGAAUAUCCUACUACUUCGAUUUUCGUGGCCCUAGUUUCACCGUCGAUACGGCAUGUUCCUCCUCAUUGGUCGCACUAAAUGCUGCCGUACAGAGCUUACGAAGUGGUGAGUCCACAGAGGCGCUGGUUGCCGGAUGCAGAUUGAAUAUCGUACCGGACUUGUUUGUCUCCAUGUCAAUGUCCCAGUUGUUCAACGAUGAAGGGAAAACGUACGCUUUUGACAAUCGGGCCACAUCCGGGUUCGCCAGAGGAGAGGGCGCCGGUGUAGUGCUCUUGAAGCCUCUGGAAGACGCUAUCAGAGACAAAGACCCAAUUCGUGCCGUCAUUGUGAAUUCGGGAGUGAGUCAGGACGGACGAACCCAGGGAAUUACAAUGCCAAAUGGGCAUGCACAAGAGGAGCUAAUUCGGCGUGUCUAUAACGAGGCUCAUAUUAAUCCUGAAGAUUGUGGAUUUGUGGAAAUGCAUGGAACGGGAACCAAAGUCGGGGAUCCAAUUGAAGCGACAGCUGUGCAUGCGGCUCUCGGAGAUGGAAGGUCUCCAAAAAAUCCCCUGUACAUUGGCUCGGUGAAGUCGAACGUUGGCCAUCUUGAAGGGGCCAGUGGAGUGAUUUCCUUGAUCAAAGCAGCCAUGAUGCUAGAUCAUGAUCUUCUAUUGCCCAACGCCGAUUUUAAAAAGGCAAACGAUAAUAUACCACUGAAUGAGUGGAACAUGAAGGUUGUGACAUCGACCAGACCAUGGCCACGAGGCAAGAGAUUUAUCAGUGUCUCAAACUACGGCUUCGGAGGCACAAAUGCACAUGUCGUACUGGAAAAGGCACCAUUGAAUACAAAUACACCAGACACUCUUUCCAGCGAUAUCGACGAUACGCACAUGUAUAAUGACCCAAAGCAUAAGCUAAUAUUCAUAUCAGCGAAUGAUAAAGAUUCCUUGCAGCAAAGAAUCAAGGAUUUCGGCAUAUACUUCGAGCAGAGACCUGAAGUAUUCGAAAAAUUGUUGUUCGGAAAUUUUGCCUUUACCGUGGGGAGCAAACUGUCCCACCUUUCGUAUCGAAUCGCUCUUCCAGCAUGCUCAUUAGAUGAUUUGGGCAUCCGCUUGGCUCAGUUGAAAGUCAAUGCCUCCAAGGUUCUAGGCGACCCCAAGAUAGGUUACGUCUUUACGGGACAAGGGGCGCAAUGGGCUCAGAUGGGAUGUGCUCUUAUAGACGAAUAUCCAAUCUUUAGGGCAGUGAUUCAGCAGGCAGACGGCUAUCUACGCCAACUGCAUGCUGAAUGGUCUUUGGAAGCAGAAAUCAAGAAGGAUCCCGCUGAUUCUCGGAUCGACUCUCCUGAGCUAAGCCAGCCGGCCUGUACAGCCAUCCAAAUUGCUCUGGUGACACUGUUAGAAUCCUGGGGCAUACGUCCAAAGUAUGUGGUCGGUCACAGCUCCGGUGAGAUUGCUGCAUCAUAUGCCGCGGGCGUAUAUGACUUGCACUCAGCCAUGGCUCUAUCUUACUAUAGAGGACAGAUGACCAGACUGCUGAAAGAAACUUACCCUUCCCUCCGAGGUGCCAUGAUAGCAGUUGGCACUGGGGCUAGUAUUAUUCGCCCAAUGCUCAAAAUGCUUCGAAAAGGUUAUGCGACCGUAGCUUGUAUUAACAGUCCAACAAGUGUUACUGUGUCUGGUGAUCUUUCUGCAAUCGAUGAGCUCGAAAGCAUACUCCAGACAGAACAAAUCUUUAACAGACGCCUGAAGAUAGAUGUCGCCUACCAUUCAGACCACAUGAAAAAGAUAUCCGACGCUUAUUUUGAUUCCAUUGCACAUAUAAAACGGAAGUCUACGUUGCAGAGCGACGUAAUUUUUAUCUCUUCAGUUCUGGGCCGCGUCGCAGAUUCAACAACCUUCAAUGCCUCAUAUUGGGUUCAAAAUCUUACUUCUCCCGUUCUAUUCCCCGACACGUUGGAACAAAUGUGUAAGCAAGACGGCGGGACUCCUAACCUACUAAUAGAAGUUGGACCUCACGCAGCCUUGAAAGGCCCGAUUGGCGAUACACUGAAACAUUUGGGAAUUACUUCCGCCAAGAUUGCGUACGCGCCUACAAUCGUUCGCAAAGAAAAAGCGGUUGAAACACUCAUGAAUACUGCUGCGGCUGCCUACGUUCGAGGUGCAAAUCUAGAUCCAUACGCAAUCAACUUUCCAUGCACUGGAGCUCGGAAUUAUAGUUUUUUGACGGAUCUGCCUCGUUAUCCUUGGCAGCACCACACACGCUACUGGCACGAACCUCGAAUUGCAAAGAAACAUCAAAUUCGUGACGGUGCGAGAAAUGACGUACUAGGUGUUAUGGCAAACUAUUCGAACGAUAUGGAGCCUACGUGGAGAAAUAUUGUGCGGCUGGAUGAUAUCCCUUGGCUCAGGGAUCAUAAAAUGCAGGGCAUGGUUGUCUACCCGCUUGCUGGAUAUCUCGCCAUGGCUAUAGAGGCAGCCGCUCGACGCGCUCACCACCGUAAUAUCACAUUUAACGCCUUCGAGUUUCGAGAAGUUGUUGUUGAGUCUGCAUUAGUGCUCAGUGAUGAUGCUGAUGUAGAAACGACCAUCUCAUUGCGGCCUUACGAUGAAGGCACCCGUGGUGCCUCGGAUGUUUGGGAUGAAUUUAAGAUUCAUUCCUGGAGCUCUCAAAGGGGCUGGAUCAAGCACUGCCAUGGUCUUGUUGGAGUUCGGAACUCCUUUCAUGGUGAUGCUUCUAAUAUUUCCGGAUCCAGUUUGAAAAAUAAAAGCCAUAUACAGAACAGGAAGUCGAAAAUUAUCUCAUCUUCAACCAACCAUAUUUCCGAAGAUCGCCUUUAUCAGGUUCUUACGGACCUUGGAGCGGACUAUGGGCCAACAUUCAAGGGCCUUGAGAAUUGCUACGCUGACUCACAUCACAGCCAUGCCGAUCUUUUUAUUCGAGAUACGACCGCUUUGAUGCCUAAGAACUAUCAGUCGCCUCUAUUCGCUCACCCGGCUUUUCUAGACGGCUUGCUCCAUCUCGUCUGGCCUAUUCUCGGUCACGGUCGCAUGACGCUGGAGACACUCUAUAUGCCCACCUUAAUCAAGCACGCAAUGAUCAGUUCUGAGAUUCCAUUUGCUGCUGGCCAGCAUGUGAGAGCGUUUGGAACUGGAAAUCCGGACCUACCUUCCCCUGAACCGACUCACUUUGACCUCUUUGCUGUCGCCGAGGACAAUACUUCGGAUCCUUUGAUAGUACUAGAUGGCCUUGUCAUGACUCCCAUUCGUGAUGCGGGAUUAGGAGCUGGCAGCGAAGUUCGCAAACUAUGUUACAAGCUCGAAUGGCAGGCGUGGGAAAAAAAGAGUCAUGCGUCUAAUGGACAUGCGCAGCCUGCUGACAUGUCUAAUGAUGACCGCGUUGUCAUCGUACGAUUUUCACGACAACGCGAUACUGAUCCCAUCGCUACAGAAAUUGCAAAGGAUUUAGGCCAAACAUCAUACAGAAAUCUAUCCGCAGCGGAAUUAACAACCCAAUAUACCGACAGCAACGUUAUCAUCCUUCAAUCGCCUGAUGCUUCCUUAAGAGAUGCGACUGCUGAGGAAUUUGAGACUAUUCGCAAGAUCCUUCUCACUGCAGCCAACAUUCUCUGGGUCUAUCCGAAUAGCUCACCAGAUGCCCAGAUGACUGUUGGAAUGACACGAAGCGUCCGAUCCGAGACCAUGGCUAAAAUAGUAACUCUAGGUCUCCAUAGCGAAGAUCCCAUCAUUGCCGCUAGCACUGUCUCCAAAGUUAUGGAUGCAAUAUGGCCUACAGACGGUGCUGAACCUUGCAAAGAGUCCGAAUUCAAGUCAACUGAUUCUCAGCUUCUCGUAUUGCGGACUGUGGAGGAUAUACACUCAAAUGCGUUCAUUCAUAACGAGAACAGCGAAAUGAGCUUAUCCGUACAGCCUUUCCAUCAGUCGGGUAGACGAUUGAAAUUGAAGAUUGCUCAGCCUGGAUCGCUUGACACAAUCUACUUUACCGAUGACGAUGUCGCCGAGUUGGGAGAUGAGUCCGUAGAGAUUGAGGUCCAAGCCACGGGUAUCAAUUUCAAAGAUGUUGUGGUGUCCAUGGGUCAGCUCAUUCAGCCAUACAUCGGUGUUGAGUGCAGUGGCACUGUCACAUCGGUUGGGAAGAAUGUCACAGAUGUAUUUCCUGGGCAGCGGGUUAUGGCCAUGCCAGAAGGAGCAUACUCAACUUACGCACGAUGCCCCAGUACUAGCAUCGCUACCAUACCGGACUCCAUGUCCAUGGAAGAAGCGGCUACCAUUCCCAUCAUAUUUUGCACGGCCUAUUAUGGGCUGUUCGACUUGGGCCGUCUUUCCGCUGGCGAGCGUGUCUUGAUACAUGCUGGUGCUGGUGGUGUUGGACAAGCGGCCAUUCAGCUGGCUCAAAUGGUGGGCGCUGAUAUCUUCGUGACAGUGGGCAGUCAAGAAAAAAAGACGUUUCUCAUGGAGCGCUACAACAUUCCUCAAGACCGCAUUCUAUACAGUCGCGACAACUCCUUUGGUGCAGCGAUCCGAAGAGCCACUAGUGGUGAGGGUGUCGACGUUGUCCUGAACUCUCUUGCUGGCGACCUCUUACGAGAAAGUUGGGACUGCCUGGCGCCUUUUGGAAGGUUUAUCGAAAUCGGAAAGGCCGACAUAACCAAGAAUAGUCGCUUGGAGAUGUUAAAAUUCGAGCAUAACGUCACAUUUGCUUCUGUUGAUCUGACCAAAGUUGCCAAGUUUCGGCCCAGGUUAAUGAAGCGAUUGCUGAAUGACGUUUGCCGGCUUCUGGGCGAAGGUAGCAUUAAGCCAGUUUACCCUAUUACAAAGUACUCCAUUUCGGAGGUUGAGGCAGGAUUUAGAGCUUUGCAGACUGGAAAGAACAUGGGAAAAUCUGUUGUUGUUCCUAAUGCUGAUGAUCAGGUCAAGGCCGUAUCUCUCAAGACGUCUAGUAACCUUCUGCGGCAUGACGCAACAUAUCUCAUUAUUGGUGGAACGGGCGGUCUGGGUAGAAGUAUGGCCAAAUGGAUGUCCACCAAGGGAGCUCGAAACAUCGUACUUGUUUCACGAUCGGGCUCUGUGAGCGACAAGUUGGAAUCUCUGAUCCACGAGCUGGCUUCUCACGGAACGCAGAUUUUCGUCAAAGCUUGUGAUGUUAGCUCCAGAGCUGAUGUCGAAAGACUCGUGGACGAGGAACUUGUCCAUCUUCCACCUGUGCGUGGCCUCGUUCAUGGGGCCAUGGUUCUUCGAGAUAUGCUGUUUGAAAACAUGACUCUUGAAGAUUUCAAAUCGGUGUCUGCUUGCAAAGUCGACGGUGCUUGGAAUCUGCACCACUGCCUAGCGCAAUCAUCGCUGGACUUUUUCAUCGCCUUGUCAUCUGUCGCUGGGGUGGUCGGUAAUCGAGGUCAAGCUGCUUACUCGGCAGCUAACGUAUUCCUUGAUGGUUUCAUGGAGUACCGGCGAUCUCAAGGUCUUCCUGGAAAGUCAAUCGAUCUUGCCGCGGUUACCGAAGUUGGUUACCUAGCCGAUAGCGAUCCCUCAAGACAACAAGAGGUGGCGAAGAAUAUUGGAGGCGCUACAAUCAACGAAUCCGAAGUUCUGGCACUCCUCGCCUUGGCUAUUACCAGUGACUUGAAUAAAUCUAGUCAAAGUCAGUUCGUCACGGGCUUAGAAGCAACAGAUUCACUAGAUAGUUUCUGGCUUCACGAUCCCAAAUUCUCAUCUAUCCGCGAGGCUGUCGAGUCAGUCAUGAACGAAUCGCAAAAAGAUGGCAAAGAGCUUCCACUGCGCAUAGCAGUUCAGUCUGCUUCUACCAGAGCCGACGCUAUCCAUGUUUGUUACGAAGCUCUAGCGGCCAAAUUGGCAGCGGUCCUGGGCAUGAGUCCAGAAGAUAUGGACGUUUCGACUCGAGUCUCCUCUUUGGGCCUGGAUUCUUUGGUUGCGAUCGAGAUUCGAAACUGGAUUGCCCGAGAAGCAGACGCGAAUGUGCAGGUGCUCGAACUAUUGUCCAGCGAAUCAUUGAUCAAGCUUGCUGAAUUGAUAUUGGCGAAAUCCAAGCUUUCUGUACCUAAGUGA